AUGGCGGAUGGAAAGGAGCUUCUUGGUACCACCCCAAACGCCGCUGAAACAGCCCUUGUCGAGACUCCGGAUAACGAAGUCGUGAAGCUUGAGGUGUCGGGUGGUGGCGAUACCUACACCCGUGAUGUGGACCGCACCCACAUGUCUGUUCUUCCCAAAACUGGAUACACCGUCUACAUUGGCAUGUACUUGAUUCACCACGACGCCUGGAACCAAGAGUUCGAAUUGGAGUGUCAUGAUGCCGAUGAUUACUGCAGCCUCUACUCUGUUGGUGAGUUCCAUCUCCCACCUGCUUGUGGCGACGGCGUCAUCAAAUGUUAA